GUGCAGAAAUAGUCAAUGCAGUGCCAGCAGACACAGGCAUAGAAUUCUGAAUCCUUCAGCAUCAUUGUCUAUCCAGAAGCUACCUGACACAUAUGCUAUACUUAUAGCUCAAGAUGGCGCGUUGGUUGCCGAGACCAAUUGAAGAGUGAAGAGACGACAGCAGCGGCGCUGAAUCUCUUCAAAGCUUCAAAGACAGAUUAUUCAUUCCUUACACAGUAAUGCCUGUUGCAAUGCAGGUACUUAGGGAUUCGGCGUUGAGUGCCGAUGACAACUCCGUGACUAAUGGGAAUGGUGAUGUCAAGCACGUUCGGUCUACAGGCAUAUCAGCACUGACGACUUUUCUCGCAAGCUAUCCAGCCGUUAGCUUCAUUCGUUUCCAAUGGGUUGACCUGUGUGGCGUCCUACGUACCAAAGUUGUCACAGUGGUGUUUGCAAAAUCAAUUGUGCGUGGUGAACGCCAUGUUGGCGGCAUUGUCUUUGCUUUCCAGGUCAAUGUUCUUCAAGAGUUGGUUGAAGAAGGUAUAGAGUGGAAGGGCCAUGAUGAACUUAUCCCCGACUGGUCGACAUUGCGAACAAGACACUCUCUUGAUCCGAAGCAUGCAAGCGUUAUGUGUUCUGUGUUUGAACAUCGCCACGGAAGACCCAAGCCGGAAUAUGGCAUCUGUCCUCGCCAUAUACUCAAAACUGUUCUGGAAAAGGCUCGCCAAGACUGCAAUAUGCAAUUUCUUGUGGGUUUUGAGAUUGAAUUCCAGAUUGCAAGGACAACGUCAACCCAGAAUCCUGGAAGUGAGUAUGAGCAAGCUUGCUUCGGACAGGGCCAUUAUGCCGUGUCUGGAUUGCGCGAUCCCAUUUUCAGUCAUGUCGAAGAAGCAGUAGAGAUACUACUUGAAGCGGGUAUUCAUGUUGAAACCAUUCACACCGAAGGAUGCUACGGUCAAUAUGAAAUGACGCUGGGCCCACUGAGACUGAUGGACGCUAUCGAUGAGCUUGUCUUUGUUCAUGACACCCUCAAGACCGUCUUUUCAAAACAUGGACUGCAGGUAGCCAUGUCACCAAGACCAUUCACAACCGCGUCUCAAAAUACCGGCCAGCAUAUGCAUAUCUCUACGGACAAUGCGCUUCUAGGAGAAUUCUUUUUGCAGGGAUUGGUACAGAGCCUACCAUCACUAUGUCCUUUUCUUUUAUCGUUCGACAUCUCAUAUGAGCGAUCGACUCACAUUCACAUCGGCAACGGUACUGCAAGUUGUUCUGAGAAAGAAAAGAAUAGCACCAUUCGACGUCUUGGAAGAGGGUAUUGGGAUAUUCGGUUAAGCGACGCAACAGCAAACAUGUAUUUGGCAUUAGCAGCUGUCAUCAGUGCUGGUCUGGAGGCGUGCCAACAGAAUCAACCGCUGACCUGGCCAUCUGCGGAUGUGCAACCGAAGGAGGCCGCUGUACAUCUACCAACAUCACUGCGUCAAGGCUUAGAGCUGCUAGAGAAAGAUGGCUGUCCAUUAGAGCGUGUUGUUGGUGGUGGCAUCAUGACUGCGUACCACUUACAUAGCGAUGAAGAAGAUCCGAGACAUGUUCUCUUGAGCGGGUGGGUGAGGCCAAGGCAAGGAACGUAUUGACGACCAUGCUUUGAGGUGAAUUUUGGUAGUCAAGAGGUUCCCCGUUAGUAUACAAUGAAUUGAUGUUAUUGUAUCGGGUUAUUCAGAUCCAUUGAAUAGUAGCCAGCACCUACCCGGCAUAGAUACAUUCUGGA